CCGUCCGGUUUCGUGUUCGUUUCCAGUUUUUUAGUUUUGGUUAUUUAUCUCGUAGUGUGUGUGUCAUGGCUUAUUUCGAGUCGUUUACAGUAUGCGUUUUAUGCAUUUUUGCAAUUGAUUUUGUAUCAUCACAAAGGCAUAUAUUCAAGGAGUCGAUGAGUGCGAGAAAUUUCAGGUACUCCAACUGCAAUACCUCAGUUGUCCCACUCUAUGUUAAUUUUCUCGAUAUAUCUCCAGACCCAAUUAUGAUUGGGAAUGACAUAACGAUCCGUUCAAGAAGUACACUCGAUGAAGAUGCUGGAAGCCAUAAUAAUACCAUUGAGGUUGAUUUAAGUUUGCGUUUGAAGACAAAGACCGGUUACACAGAACUAUGCCAGAUCGUAGGGGAAUCAUACUGUCAUUAUAACGAUUUGUGUUCUAUUCUUAAAGAUUUUAUGAAAGACAGAACAUGUCCAGAGAACAUACCGAAACUGUAUAACAAUACUUGUGGUUGCCCAUUCAUUAAAAGGCCGUAUGACUUGCCGCCUAUUAAAAUUCCCAUAGAUCAGCUAUCGUAUGAGGUACGAGGAACAUUUGUCUUGACCAUUAACCUACACGAGGAAGGAAAGAUAUUGGGAUGUGUGGAAAUCCAGUUCUGCAUAACCGACUGCAACCCCUUGGGAUACAGAUAAUAUGACAAAAUGUUACUAUAUCAGUUUACGUGGAUUACUUUAGUUUAUCGACAGUGGCAAAAACAUGAGACUGGCAUUAAUUUAUACAUAUCUAUAGUCGCGGCAAAAAACAACGUGUGUUUUGAAGUUUUGUUUGUUUUACGGAACUUAUCAUAUUUCACAUAACUUACAAUACAGAACUAUAUGAAUGUUAACCUGCAUGUUCCCGAUAAAAUGACCUGAAUUCUGUAUUAAAUAUGUAUUUAAUAAAAUGAAAAGCGAUCAACAAUUUUAGUUACAUUUCGGAAAUACACUUAAUUGGCUUCGUAUAAGACAUUUCUCAAAACAUGUUGAUAGUGUGUCCCUGAUUAAAAUAUCUGCAAUUAUGUUUACGAAUAAAAGUGAAAACUUUCAUAAUAUGUAUGUUACAUGGACAUUCGUGUUUACAAAUAGCAUAUUUAAUAGUAAUUGACGACUUGAUAACUGAUGUUUUAUCCAAAUGCAUGGCCAUUUGUUUACCUUAUAUCACUGAUACGCAUCAAGCAAAUUUUUUUACAAGCUUGACCCAAAAGGCUAGAAACAGUCAUCUAUGUUAUUAAGUUAAUAAAAAAUCCAUUCCAAUAUCAUUUAACAAUUGUUAAGGACUUUUUUUGUCAUUAAUUCACAAGAAUGUCAAAAACAGCCAAGCUUUAAUGAACGUAAAUCUCUAAAUAUUAAUCGAAGGGAAGAAAAAAUAUCAGAUUCAACAAUUUAUUGAGUGAGAAAAAGCUGGUUGGUAAGUAAACUGCAUUUCGUUUUGCCCCCUUUUCUCAAAAUAACUGUUCUAUAUGAAAAUCCUAAAUUGAUGAAGAGUUUCUUUAUCGCAUCUGAAAAAGGCUAUAUUAGUUUUAGUUAUGUACAAUUGAUAUAAUUUAUACAGGUUCAGUUGAAAUUAUUGUAUUUAUACUGAUUAAUAUAGCUUCAUUUGAAACUAAUGUAUUUGUACUGAUUAAUAUAGCUUUAUUUGAAACUAAUGUAUUUGUACUGACUAUAUACUUUAAUGCAUAAUAACAGUCACACCUGUGACCAGGGCCGCAAAGAGGAGAAAUAUAACAUUUCCUUUAUAGACAAGAGUACCUUAUCAAGAGGAUCCUCUAUUCUGUUAAGUACUGAUGUGUUGUUAAAGGGUGGCUUUUGUUCGGGUGUUUUUGGCACGGUUUUGACUCUUUAACAUAAAAAUAUUUUUAUUACAUGUUUGUACAAUAUAUGAUAUAAAAUGCUAAUUACAAAACAAAAUUCUGGCACCAGCUCCAAGUAAAAAAAAAUGGAAUACAGUUUAAAGCAUAUUUUAGAUAGAAUGCUCAAAUAUGAACAUCCAACUUUCGGCGAAGACAUUCAAAAUAUCAAUAAAGGAAAAUAUGUAAUUAAAUUAUUCAACCUGGGUAAAUCUAGUAAACGGCAGGUGUUCCAAAAUAACUGUAACAAUGGUCUUAUAAGCAACAUGAAACAUUGCAGGAAAUAAUUUGACUUUAUAAAAAAAUGAUCCGUGAUAAAUCUCUAAAAAAUAAUUAUUCUAAAUACAUACAGAUAGUGAAACCUUUACCAGUACCGCAAUAGUGCACGUCAAGUCAAUGUCGAAGUAUUUCUUGUAAUACUAACUUUCCCGCGAUAUUGUUUAUGUUAACAAUUUAUAUAUCAUGUUAGUUUGAUACUGUCUGAUUAUUUAUGUAU